AUGGUGGAGUUCAAUAAUUCGGCUAAUUCAGUGCCUCCUUAUAUGAAACGGGCAGGGUUUAAGCCGUCGAAGCCUGUGGAUUUUGGGGAUGGAGGGGCUUUUCCUGAGAUUCACUACGCGCAGUAUCUAUUUGGGAUUGGGAGGAUUGAUUAUGCAAAUUCGUUGAGUCAGGAUGAGAAUGCGAAGAAGAUUGUGUAUUCUCAGCACUCGGAUCUUGUUCCAGUCUUUGCCAAGGAUGUUGCGAAAGAGGAUGGCAUGGAUCUUGAUGAGAAGCAGAGGGAGAUUGAUGAGACAACACAGCAAACCAAUGCUGCAUUAGAGCAGAUUGUGAAUGUUAGGUUGAAUGCUGCGGAAUCUAAGUUCAUCAGGUAUAAGCCGUCUCAGCAGUCGGCUUGUGCUAAUGGGAGAAUCAUUCGCGUGUUGGGAAUGGCGGUAGAUCCUUUGGCGCCUCCCAAGUUCAAGCACAAGAGAAUUCCGAGAGGUUCGGGUUCUCCACCAGUCCCCGUCAUGCAUUCCCCCCCUCGGCCCGUGACUGUGAAGGACCAACAGGAGUGGAAAAUCCCACCUUGCAUAUCUAACUGGAAGAAUUCUAAAGGUUAUGUGAUUCCUCUCGACAAACGGAUGGCUGCUGAUGGCAGUGGGCUGCAGGAGGUUCGGAUUAGUGAUAAUCAUGCUAAGUUAUCCGAGGCUCUGUAUGUUGGAGAACAGAAAGCUAGAGAGGCUGUUGCAGCGCGUUCAAAGGUUCAAAAGGAGAUGGUGAUGAAGGAAAAGGAGAAGAAAGUUAUGGAACUACGGAUGUUGGCACAGAAGGCUAGAAUUAAGAAAAGUGGAGUAGCUUCUGCUGAUGAUGGUGAUAUGAUUGUGGUGUGUGAAAGGGAUAGAGAUGGCCCCAAGGAAACAGAAGAUAAGAAAGAGGAAAGAUUGACACGGCAAAGAGAGAGAGUGAGGGAAAGAAGACUGGAGGCGAAAGAUGGUGGCGCGAGGAAGAAGGGGAAGAUAAGCCGGGAUAGAGACCGUGAUAUCACUGAGAAAGUGGCUCUUGGGAUGGCCAACACUGGUGCAAAAGGGGGUGAAGUUAUGUAUGAUCAGAGGCUCUUCAACCAGGAGAAAGGGAUGGAUUCGGGUUUUGGUUCUGGCACGGAUGACGCCUACAACAUCUACGACAAGGGCCUGUUUACUGCUCAAUCUGCUUUGACUACUCUGUUCAAGCCUAAGAAAGACCGCGAUGAUGAGAUGUAUGGUGGUGCUGAUGAACAGCUUGAUAAGAUAAUAUGCAUCAAGGUUGACAGGGCGUUCACUGGUACAUCCGAGCGGUCUGGCCCUAGAGACGGGCCUGUUGAGUUUGACAAGGAACAAGAUCCUUUUGGUCUUGACGAAUUCUUGAAGGAGGUCAGGAUGAAGGAGAGUGGCGGAUCCAAGCGAGAUGGCUCAGACAAAGAUCUACCCUGAGGAGGUAGAUUACCUUUACCUUAUGUCCAAGCUUGAAAGCUUAUUUUGACCAAACCCUCUCUUUAUACGACUGUUUUGCUGCAGCUUGUUUGCUCAUAAGUAUUUGUGUUUUGAUUAUCCUCGAUCAAGUAUAUAGAUAAUUUUGUUGCCUCUACAUCGUUUAUCCCAUGUAUAUUUGACUAUAUCAAAGUUGUCAUUUUCUCUAGUCCAUCGACAGUUCUAGUUUGAAGGUUAUAUGAUGAG